AUGGGAGGCAGACAGAUCCGACCCGCAAGGGUCCUCCAGACCGUGACGCAGGAACUCAACCACACCAUACUCGGCGGCAAGACGAUCCCUACGCCGCCAUGGUACAAUAUCAUUCAAUCAGUCCCUCCCGCCGAGACCCUCGUCCGAAACGUCACUCCUCGACUUCAAAAGGGUUCGCGCAAACAAACGAAGCCAAAGAAACUCUUCCGACCUCAAACGAUAACAUACGUCGAAGAUACACUACGAAGCACUUUCUACAGAGACCACCCUUGGGAGCUUGCGAGACCUCGUGUUAUUCUUGAGUCGGAUGGAAAGGAUUACCAUGUCAUCCAGCGCCAGCUGUGGCUGAUGAAUCACGAUAAACGUGAUUUAAAAGAGGCAUACGAUAUUGUUCGCCAUGAAUUCUACCGUCUGCGCCAAGAGGAAGAGAUUGAGAAGCGAGUGGCUCAAGAGGAAGCCAAGCAUGUAGGCGCUUACUUUGGCCAGACCCGCAUCGAUGUCGCCCACACUCUCGAAGACCGUGAGUUCGAGAACUGGAAACUCUGGGCUGGAAAGGAGACAGAGCGCAUGGAGCAGAGCCGCAACUCGGAGAUUGAGGACUUUGGCCUGGAAGAUGAGGCGGAUGCUGUCGAGGAUCCAGAGGAGCAGCCAGAGGUUAAGGCUGAGGCCGCAGAGGGCAAGAAGUCACCUUGA